AUGGCCGACAAACCCCCUUCUCUCGACGACGCCCAUAAACGGCUUUUCGACGAGGGCCUCAAGAUCCGGUACGAAGUCGCAGGCAAGCCCUACGUGGACCGAUCGUUACAGUCCGCUUCUUCCUUCACCCAGCCUAUGCAAGAGCUAGUCACCGAGGCAUGCUGGGGCUCCGUAUGGUCUCGGCCUGGUCUUGAACGCAAACAGAGAUCGUUGCUGAAUAUCGGGAUGCUGUGCGCACUCAACCGAGGUGCUGAAUUGGCAGUCCAUGUACGUGGCGGUGUUAAUAAUGGGUUGACUGAGAUUGAGAUCCGGGAAGCACUACUCCAAGUGUCUAUUUAUGUCGGUAUGCCUGCUGGACUGGAGGGAUUCCGCAUUUCCGAGAAGGUGCUACGGGAGAUACAAGAGGAAAAGGCUCAACCUCGCCAGUGA